AUGGAUCUGCAGUUUGGCAAGGAGACCCCAUACACAACAGGAAAACAAGUUGUGCCCACUGGCGCAAGCCUUGACGACGUAGAUAAGGCAGCAGAAGAUGAAGGCGUUGAGAAAGUAUUUCGUGAUAUUUUUAAACUUAUUUCGAAAACAGCUAAAAGUGGGGAUUUGACACCGAUCUCCAAAAAUGAUGGUUCGUGGGACCCCAAGCUGACUCCCGUUUUAGUCCUAGUAACACCUAACCCUUAA